CUGUCGGACACGCCCGUGCUUGUGUUGUAACAAGGACUGCAGAGGUGGAAUCACACAAAGGAGACUCUCUUCGCCCCUGCAGGAGCUGAGAAAACCGAAUCUGACACUGCUGUCUCACACAACUCGCUUGUUUGACUCCAAAAGGUGAAUACAAUAACCUUAUACCUUUACAGUGAUCAUGUCCUGGUUUUCUUAUAGGUUUCUUAUAUCUCUGUGCUUUUAUUUGAAAUGCUCUAUUAAUUUACUGCCAAAUGAAUGUGUUUCCUGAAAGUUUUCUGUCUCGAUCCUCUUGCAGCCAAGAUGCCAGGGACAGCAGAGGAAGUAUCAGCUACCCUGCCUACCAACAGGAACUGCACCAUUGAAAUAAGCAAUCUCACCAGUGGCUACUGCCUUACCAACGCCAAGUAAGUCUAUCUGUACACUUAUCAAUGUGAUACAAAUAAAAGUGGUGAAGGAGACAAAAACGUGAGAUUAAACCAUGACUGAGAAACUGUUGGAUAAAUGGCAAUUACUUAAUUUUUUCCAUACCAUACACGAAAAAUUAACUUAUAAAGUAGAAUAAGUAAUUCUUUAUACUGAAGAUAUUAGAUCAGGUUUUGGAAGUUAUUUACAUGCAAAAACACAGUAUAGAGAAAUCUGUUGCAGUAUGCUUAUGUUUGACAUGCCCUGUAAAGAUACCUUCAUUUAUUUAGCAUUCCCAAAACCAGACUCAAGUCAAGAGGUGACAGGGCUUUUUCAGAGGUUGCCCCCUAGACUGUGGAACAGUUUACCUGGUCAUAUUAGAGCCUCACAGACCCUAGAGUCAUUUAAAUCAUCCUUAAAGACUCACUUUGUCUUCCUUGCAUUUAAUAAAUAAGCACACACAAAUCAGUCACUGUAGCUUUUAUUCUUUCACUGUGUGUAUUUUAUUCCACUGUUUUUUAUUUCUAUUGUUUUAUUGUUAUCUAUCUAUUUAUUUAAAUCUUUUAUUUAUCCCAUGAACAUCACUUUGUUUGACUGCUGUCUUCUUAAAGGUGCUUUAUAAAUAAACUUUGACUUGACUUGACUCGACUUAAAAGGCUCCAUUCAUUAACUUGACCUGCUCUAACUCUGCAAUGUCUAGCUGCAGCUCCAAAUCAUUAUCCUGGUGCCUCUGACACAUGCGUUCAACUCCAGAGUAAAUGUUUGCUCAGUUUGCUUUUACUGUGUUCACUUUUGAGAUUCUUCAACAAUGCAGCCGCUCCUGUCUCUUCAAGUUCAUCUUCAAAGUUAAAAUGAUGAAUAGAGAACAAUUAGAUAAAUGAGAAUCACUCAUGCCUUUUGGAAAUCCUACCGUGCUCCUGAAUCUCUCUGCGCUGGCAGGACAGAGCAUAUCUUGGAUGGGUGGUUUUCAUGUGUGACAUCACUUGCGGAGAACAUCCUCCACCUAUCCAUCAUGCAGUGACACACACUGCCUCAUUGCACACCGUAUGCAGGUACACUGUUGCUUAGAAGUCCACAGCAGUACUUGAACAGUCACACUCCAUCCAUCAAUAUAAGGUAUUCCAGGCACCCUGGAAAGCCCAACUCUCAAAAAGUAUCCUGACAAUCUCCACCAAACUUAGCAAACUCUUCUUUUAUCAAAAGUCCAGGAAGUGUGACAGAAAAGUUAUCAUCUGAUUGGUUGUGAUGUUGAUGAUUGGUCUCUUCUUUUCUUGUGCAGGGUGUACAUGUCAAGUGGUUUCAGCCAUCACCCACCUCAACCGACCAUUCGGAUCACCAUGACUGAAUUGUGCUCCUUUACAAAGGAUGACAAUACAGCCACAGGCGCCGUUGGGGUCUUGACCUAUGACCUCUUCCAUAUGCAGAGCAAAGUUUGUUCUGAUCGCUUGGCCAUCAUGUUCUCCGUACCCUUCGACCACAACCUGUACAAGAACCGUCUGGCUGUGGGUAUAGUGGAGCAGAGCAGUGCCUGUGACAAACAUCUGUUUGACCAGAUGUAUGAUGGGAAAGACAUGAGUAACUUUACCCGCUCUGAGAAAAGUGGCACUGGGAUUCUGUAUAAGGGUACAUAUGUGGAUUUGAGAGCUACGAUGUCCAGUAUUGGCAAAGCUGUAGUCAAAGUGGAGCUCUUUGAUAAAAUGGGUCGCUAAUGUAUGAGAGUCUUCUACAUUUCUGCCUUUUUGUACUUUUUUGGCAACUUUGAUGCUCAAUAAAACAAACAAACUCCUUUGAUUUGACUACUGUUGUAUGCUUUCAUACAAAGACACACUGAGAAGAGGAAGAGUGAUUUUGCUGUCAUCUGUGUUUUGUGGCGCUGAAAGAUAUCAAUAUCUGACAGCCAGCUCAUUGAUUCUCCAUUAGUUUAUCUUUUUGCCUUAUGUGUAUUCCAAGUCCUUUUUUUUCUUUAUUAUGGCAAUAAA